UCCGGGGCGACACGGCGGCUUCCGCCGACUUCUUCCCCUUCCUCUGCCUCCCCAUGGAUAUGCACUGCAAAGCAGACCCCUUCUCCGCGAUGCACCCAGGGCACGGGGGUGUCAACCAGCUCGGGGGGGUGUUUGUGAACGGAAGGCCGCUGCCUGACGUGGUGAGGCAAAGGAUCGUGGAGCUGGCUCACCAGGGGGUGCGACCCUGCGACAUCUCCCGGCAGCUGCGGGUCAGCCACGGCUGUGUCAGCAAGAUCCUGGGCAGGGACCUGCUGUGGGUUCGAAAAGAGGGGGAAAAGCCAAACAAGCAAAGGAACAAACCGAUUGCAACCCACUGUGCUGUGCGACCAGCCUGCAAGUCUCCCCUCCCCGCCUCCCAGCUAAGCCAGGCCGGGCCCUACUUUCUCUCCACCCCCAGGUACUACGAGACAGGUAGCAUCAAACCUGGGGUGAUCGGAGGGUCCAAGCCUAAAGUGGCGACCCCCAAAGUCGUGGAUAAAAUCGCCGAGUACAAGAGGCAAAACCCGACCAUGUUUGCGUGGGAGAUCCGCGACCGGCUCCUGGCCGAAGGGAUCUGCGACAACGACACGGUCCCCAGCGUGUCCUCCAUCAACCGGAUCAUCAGAACCAAAGUGCAGCAGCCUUUCCACCCAACACCAGAUGGGAGUGGGACAGGAGUGACUGCACCUGGACAUACUAUAGUUCCCAGUACAGCAUCCCCUCCCGUCUCCAGUGCCUCCAAUGAUCCAGUGGGCUCCUACUCCAUUAACGGGAUUCUGGGGAUUCCUCGGUCGAAUGGUGAGAAGAGGAAACGUGAUGAAGAAGUAUCCGAGGGCUCGGUCCCCAACGGCGAUUCCCAGAGCAGUGUGGAUAGUUUGCGGAAGCACCUUCGUGCCGACACUUUUACACAACAGCAGCUGGAAGCUUUAGAUCGAGUCUUCGAGCGUCCUUCUUACCCUGAUGUCUUUCAGGCAUCAGAUCACAUCAAAUCUGAGCAGGGUAAUGAGUACUCCCUCCCAGCUCUGACCCCUGGUCUUGAUGAAGUCAAGUCAAGUCUAUCCACCUCUGCUAACCCAGACCUGGGGAACAACGUGUCAGGACCCCAGACAUACCCCGUAGUGACUGGUCGUGACAUGGCAAGCACAACCUUGCCUGGCUACCCACCCCACGUUCCACCAACUGGACAGGGCAGCUACCCAACCUCAACUCUUGCAGGAAUGGUGCCUGGGAGUGAGUUCUCAGGAAAUCCUUACAGCCACCCUCAGUACACAACCUACAAUGAGGCCUGGAGGUUCAGCAACCCUGCCUUACUAAGUUCCCCUUAUUAUUAUAGUGCCACAUCCCGGGGCUCCGCACCUCCCACUGCUGCCGCUGCCUAUGACCGCCACUAGUUAUCAUGGAAACCACAUGAAACUUCAGGGUGACAGCCUAGGCCUCCAUAUUGUACCUGUCUGAUGAACAUUCUGCAC